GGAGGGAGGCAGGGAGGGAAGGAGAGGAGGAGACCAAAGUGGGUCAGAAGUACACGUUGUGCGCAGGCAAUUCCAUGUGCCCACAUGGAUGAUUGGAGAGUUGGAGUGAAGAAGCCAUAGCCAAAUUGCUAGAGCCAAAGAACAAAGCUUUACAAUCAAUCAAUCAAUCAAAUGAAAUUCUGACUCCUAGAGAGAUUUACAGGAAGAGAGAAGGAAAACCCACCACGGAAACCGUCUUCUGAGUUGUGAUUCUCAGUUUCUAGAGAGAAAAAGGUCUCAAAUCCAGAAGGGUUUAGAGAGAACGAGCAAAGAUGAAGGAAGGCAAUGAUGGGUUUGUGAGGGCAGAUCAGAUUGAUCUCAAGAGCUUAGAUGAACAGCUCGAGAGGCAUCUCAACAAGGUUUGGACUAUGGACAAGAAUAAGACCAAGGAUGAAGAAAUCAAUCUACCUACUACCACCACCGCUGCCACAACUACCGCAUCAGCCACAGCUACCGCCAUUUCUUCCGCCGGCUCCGGCUCCGGCGCCGGAAAGUCUGUCUUUAGUCCCUUCAAGCAGAGGCAAGAGUGGGAGAUCGAUCCCUCCAAGCUCCUCAUCAAGUCCGUCAUCGCUCGUGGCACUUUUGGCACUGUUCAUCGUGGUUUCUACGACGGUCUCGAUGUUGCUGUUAAAUUGCUUGACUGGGGUGAAGAGGGCCACAGGACAGAAGCUGAGAUUGCUUCACUAAGAGCAGCUUUUACACAAGAAGUUGCUGUCUGGCAUAAACUUGAUCAUCCUAAUGUUACCAAGUUUAUAGGGGCAAAAAUGGGUUCAUCUGAUCUACGAAUACAGACUGAAAAUGGUUUCAUGGGCAUGCCCAACAGUGUUUGCUGUGUUGUUGUGGAAUAUCUUCCAGGAGGUGCUCUGAAAUCUUUCCUCAUAAAGAACAGACGAAGAAAACUAGCUUUUAAGGUCGUUGUUCAGCUGGCUUUGGAUCUUGCUAGAGGUUUGAGUUACCUUCAUUCGCAGAAGAUUGUUCACAGAGAUGUAAAGACAGAGAAUAUGCUUUUGGACAAGACACGUACAGUAAAAAUUGCGGACUUUGGGGUGGCUCGAGUUGAGGCUUCAAAUCCUAAUGACAUGACCGGGGAGACUGGGACACUUGGUUACAUGGCUCCCGAGGUUCUCAAUGGAAAUCCCUAUAACCGGAAGUGUGAUGUUUACAGUUUUGGCAUUUGUCUUUGGGAGAUAUACUGCUGUGACAUGCCAUAUCCCGACCUUAGUUUCUCAGAAGUUACUUCUGCUGUGGUCCGCCAGAAUCUGAGACCAGAGAUACCAAGAUGUUGUCCAAGUUCCUUGUCCAACGUAAUGAAGCGAUGCUGGGAUGCCAACCCGGACAAGCGGCCAGAGAUGGAUGAAGUAGUUUCAAUGUUGGAGGCCAUAGACACAUCCAAAGGUGGAGGUAUGAUCCCUGGUGACCAGCCUCAGGGUUGUCUCUGCUUCCGCAAGUAUCGAGGGCCUUGAGGCUUUCUUACUUUCAAUCAGAUGAGCCAAUUUGAAGUAUGAUUAUUCUUAGGAUCGGAGAGAUUUCGAUCCAAUCUGUAUUUAUGAUGAUGAAAAAAGAUUAGAAAUUUGGGAUGUUCAAAACAAGAGGUGAAGAUUGCUGUUGGGUAUACGCUGCUGAAAGAAAUACAUCUCGUUUUUUGGGAGGAUGUAAAGCUUUUGUUAGUAUUUUUUCUUUCCUUCUUUUUCUUGGUUUUUAAGCACCUCCUUUGUAAGAUCUCCCAUCAUAUACCAUAAAUAAUAAUAUUGUUGUUAUAAUUAAGUUGACCAGGCCAUACCACAUCUCCUAAAAGGAAACUCUCAAGGACAUGGCUUGUGUAUUGGUGAAUUCUUUUGCUUGAUGAUUUGGAAAUGUAGGCUUAAGAGGUGAAAAGGUUUUUUUUUACUCUUGUGGGGGAUUUUCUGUAAUAUUGUUUAGGGUUUGCUAUUUUUUUUUCACUAUAUUAAACAACAAAUUUCUCUA